AUGACUGAAGCCAUCAUUAACGUUUUCGCCUGGAUUAUCGAAGGAAUGCAGGUUAAUUUGUCUCUUCUCUAUAGAAACUUCGACGACUUUGAAGUGGUUGAUGUCGAAAGUGUACUGCAUAACACGUUUUCCUCAUUUCUUAAGGAUCCAUUCGUCUUUCGAAUUAUGUCUUUCGCUACGAAAAAAUAUUCUUCUGUGAUCAAAUCGUCAAUCAUAAACAAAAUAUACGAUCUGCAAUGUCAGAAAGAUGCUACAUCACCACAGAAGUAUGAGAAGUUACAGAAUGAUUUUUCAAGAAUAUUCGAGCCCCUUACCUAUGAAAGCUCAGAGUUAACAAUCAAUUAUAAUUUUCGUCGAUCUGGCAUACGGUCGCUUACUGCCGUAUUUUCGUGUUUCAGAGUUCUUGCUGCAGUAGAGGAGGUUGCCGAUACAAUGCUUUUGUUUGGACAGAUUAACGCCAUCAACCAUCAUGAAAUAGUUUCUGAUAUGUUGCAUGCAUCAUUCAUGAUACUGUUGGAAGAACAAGAAACCAGGGACAAUUCGAAGUCGUCUAUAGAGAUGUUCUUCUACGUGAAGAUGCCACGUGUCUGGGGUGCGAUGAUUAGGCUGGGCAUGAAGCCAGAGAGCGUGGUCAGAGGUGUCCAAGAGAUGCUUUCUGAUUGUCGACAGGUAAUUGACAAUGUUGACUCAGUUGUGAAGGAUAACACUAUUCGAGCGAUCGUACGACAGUUAAUAUCCGAAAGGGUUAUGUCUGAAGCGGAUGGAGAGCUAUUGAUCAUCCAAAGGAAUGAGCAGUUAAAGAUGAUCCAAGGUUUAUCAUAUUUAACUCGUGACGAUGUGCAACGACAAACUCAAGUUGCUGUGGUCCUCAGUGCCAUUCAAGCCAGACAUGUUAUUGACAAGUUGUGGAAUAUGCAAGAAAAAUUAAUGACUGUUCUUACACGACUCAUUGGGAGUGGUGGCUAUGCCUUUGAUGCAUUUUGCUCGUCAUAUGGUCUGGAGGGUACACUGGGAGAAAUGAGUAGUAAGCUUGCAAGGCAUGUGGUGCUGAUUCUGAAUCUAUUGUCGGAGUCUCCUUCAAAUGUAUGUGUAGAUCGGAAUAUGACAUUCGACUUGACAUUUACUAUGCUGACAAGAAUCGUCUACAAAUACAGUAAUCUAACUCUUGACGAGCUGGUAACGGACCCGAGAGGAGGACCCGAUAAUACAGCUUGUUCAUUCUAUCAGUGGUCUUCUCGAUAUGUGAAGCGAAUAUCUUCUCAUGCUCAGGAUGCAUCCGAGAAUGAACUGUUUUUCAUUCCUCUGGAGCUGAAGGCAGCUUAUAAAGAAAGAGUCCUACGGUUGAAAGAACGCCAGCUUUUCUGGGAUCCUAUCAAAUGCAAUUAUGGUCAGUUGCUCCACGAGAUGCCGAUCGUUGGCGAAGUGAUAUUGGAUUUGUUUAAGGAGAGAAAACAUAUCGAAGAGGAUGUAUCACGUAUAUUUGCUGCAUUCAGAAAAGCUAAUUGUUUAUUAAUUUGUAUCAUUCAAUGGUUGGAAUGUCAGCCUUCAUCCGAAGCAAGGCGUCAAAUGGCCCGUUGUAUUAAGAUGGUACUGGAAGAGAGUGUUCCAGAUGAGAAGGAUGAGAAAGACAGGUGGCUCUUUACGAGAAUGGUAUGUCGAAGACAGCUGGACGAAAUGUGUGAGUGCGAUUCAAUUAUUCCUCCAAUGACCAUUACAUUAAUGGCUAUCGCAAAGAGGUCAUUUCCGACAUUGCACAGAAGACAGAUACCUGAUAAGGAAAUGCUAAAGAAAGCAUGGCUUUAUGCUCAGAGGCAAAACUGGGCAAGUCCUAAUGUACUACGCCUUAUCGAUCAUUGUAACAGAGCUGGAGCGCAUAAGUCAUGGUUUGAGGCAAGUUGCUGGGAAACAUUUCACAUCUCAUGA